AUGAUGAUUAGAGCGUGUUUAAACCAGCUAGCUCUAACUAGAGCACCGUCCGUCAUAGCAUGGACGCGAUACACUAGUCGGACAUUUACAUCUUCUAUCGUUAAUCGAGGAUUGGGCGAGUUUUUCGACGAUGCUAAAGAUGGUUGGAGGUGGAAGGAAGGUGCUCCAGGUCGAGCAUGGGAUGCAUCAGAACUACGACAAAAGAGCUUUGAUGACUUGCACAAGCUCUGGUUUGUAUGCAUCAAAGAACAGAAUCUAUUGGCCUCGCAGGGGGAGGAAGCUAGGCGGUUUAGGUACUUUUUUCCUCAUGAGACUCGUGUCAAGAGACUACGGAUGACCAUGUCUCGCAUCAAACUAGUGCUAUGGGAAAGACACAAGGCACAUACACACGCCAUGAACAUAGUCACUCGUGAAAAGAGGAGAGAAGAACUGAAAAUAGAACUAGCUGAACAAGCAUUAGAGCUAGGUAAACAGGCUCCUAAUGACUAUACUUUGGAACGAGCACUGUCUGAAGAACAGCCAUACAUACCGCCCAGUCCAAAAGUAGAGAGGAUACUACGUAAAGAGCAAGAAGGUGCCAAGAAACCCAGAAACAUUAAGGCUGUCAGACCUAAUAGAGUAAUCAAUAGCAAUCCAUCACUGCAGAAAUUCAUAGUUUAA